UCACUCCUUUCCAAUACUUCCGGUGUAAACAACAAUGGCGGAGAAGGGAGCGCAUGCGAACGUCAUGAGGAACUUUGUUGACAAUUUACAACUUGUAUUGUCGCAAAUAAGAGAAGGAGAGUCUCAGAGGGAUGAAAAGGAUGAGUUUGAUCGUCAGGCUUAUUGGAAUCAUAUAGGGACAGUAUUUACAGCUAUAUCAAAUGAAGCCACCAAACUGUCAAUGGCAUUCUCCAAGCCUCCAGCUCCGCCCCCUGAGCACUCACAGCCUAUGAUUACAUCCCUGGAGAGAGCCACCCUGGCUCUUGUGUCAGCCUACUACUCCUUUCCCAAGACUCAAGGUGUGACAUUACGGAAGGCUCUGAAAACAGCUGUCCUGAAUAUAAUAGAGAGUGUGAGGACCCUGGCUCAGAACAUCGCUGACUAUGAUCUUGGGUCCCCAGAGCAGCUGCGAGCUACAGGCAUUGUGUGGCAUGGGGCAGACAUUCUGUCAUCUCUACCUAAAGAUAACCAGAGAGCCACACUGGCCAUUGUUGAAGAGACGGCCGAGUUAGUGAGGGAUGCAUUACAUGAGCUACAGGAGGCUCUGGAGAGUGAAGGCCAGGCAGAUGACCUUGACGAACUGCUGAUUGCUGAUGGGUUUGUGAUGUCUAACGAAGAUACAUGGACGGACUCUGACAAGGAGGUCCUGGCUGCUAGCAUGGGUCUCAUCAAGACUGUCAAAUCGCUGCUGAAGAAGUCCAAGGAAUCGGUGAAGCAGAAUGCUGUAUGUGACACAGAGGCGAACAUCGCUCAGCUGGACGACCUGGUGGACCACCUAGGCAACCUGAGUCCUGCUGUUGACAACCUCGCCGCCAGCCUCUACCCUCCCAUGGUCUACCCCACCAUCAUGAAGCAUACGGAAGACCUAUCAGCGUGUAUAGAGAAGUACCUGCAGUUCCUCAAAGUGCCUGAGAUUACAGCUCUCUUUCGACCUGUGAAGAUCCGGGUUAGAAUUGGUCUUCAGCAACCCAUGCUUGCUGCACUCUCACAUGACAGGGGAGGGAGACCAACAAUGGCUGGAGUUCCUUCUCAAGGCCAGACAACACAACCGGGAUAAAGUCUACAGCCUUGUUCACAAGAGUUAGUUACCAUGCCAACUAGAGCCUAUUGAUAUUCACCAAUCUGCUGCAGUAUUGUCUGCCUGUGUCAGUUGUGUGUCCAACACUGUGGCGUUAUUUUACCAAAUGUAUGACUGAGAGAGUGUUUGGUAACCCUCAUACGAUACCAUGAUGUUUUCCCCUGUGUGUGUAAUAUUGUGGCAUUUUCCCCAAUGUGUGUAAUAUUGUGGCGUUUUCCCCAGUGUGUGUGCCUGUGAGAGAGAGCUGAAUGAUGCUUACUGAUUAUCAUGGAGUUGUAUCCUCAGUAUGUGAUAAAGUUUCAGAGACCCCCACUCAGUACAAUAGCAUUGUAAUCCCAGUGUGUGUAAGAGAGUGUUCAGUGACCUUCCCACAAUACCAAGGUGUUUUCCCCAGAGUGUGUAAGAGUGUUCAGAGACCCCCACUCAUUACAAUAGCAUUGUAAUCCCAGUGUGUGUAAGAGAGUGUUCAGAGACCCCCACUCAUUACAAUAGCAUUGUAAUCCCAGUGUGUGUAAGAGAGUGUUCCGAGACCUUCCCACAAUACCAUAGUGUUUUCCCCAGUGUGUGUAAGAGAGUGUUCAGUGACCUUCCCACAAUACCAUAGUGUUUUCCCCAGUGUAU